GUGUCAGUGUCACUGUUGUCAUUUUCAUAUCAGCGUUCCGCGUUGCUACAUCCAGAUUUUACGCAGAAAGUUUGAAUUGAAGUAAUAACGUACAAAAAGUAAAAGUUUUACAAUGAAGACUGCAAUAGCCAAUGUUUGCAAAAUACUCCUUUUCGUGUUAAUUUUCAUGGGAUUUGUCACUGAGGUUGUUAUCGGUAGUUCAUCAAAAAAGUUGCAAAUAGGAGUAAAAAAGAGACCGUCAGAGUGUCCAAUUAAGAGCAGAAAAGGCGAUUUAUUACACAUGCAUUAUACAGGCACAUUGGAGGAUGGUACAGAAUUUGACAGUUCUUUACCUCGUGGAAAUCCAUUGACUUUUACUCUAGGUUCAGGGCAAGUAAUCAAGGGCUGGGAUCAGGGUCUGAUUGGCAUGUGUGAAGGGGAACAGAGAAAAUUAGUAAUUCCACCAGAGUUAGCUUAUGGAGCAAAUGGGUCACCGCCGAAAAUUCCAAAGUCAGCAACACUUACAUUCCAUGUGGAUCUUGUCAAAAUAGAGAGAAGAGAUGAGCUCUAAGUAAAGACAAGAUAGUUUCAGCUUUUAAAUCAAUUUUAUAAUUUAAUUUUAGUGUAAUGUUUGAAAAGAAUUUGUGAUCAACCACCAAUAGUUUAUGACCUAUAUCUUUGCACAAUUAAUAGCACAUAUAUGUAAGGAACGUCGGUGGCUCAGUGGUUUAAGCACUUGACUUGUAAUCUAAAGGUCUUGAGUUCGAAUCCCACCAUAUACCAAUGU